AUGUUUCGAGAAGCCUAUCCCACAGCAUUCGAAUACCACAACCUCACAGAAUCAGAUGCCAUUCGUCUCUUGAUUAUACAUCCAGGUAGCCCUUCUUCUCCCGUCCAUUGUAGUCUCAUACAUACUAGUUUGAGGGCGUGUCGAUUAGAUAUCUAUGAUGGCUACACAGCACUCUCCUAUGUUUGGGGGGAUCCAAGGACAAGGAAAAUUGUAUUUGUUAAUGGAAGGCCGUUCUCUGUAACAGCCAAUUUAGCAGAUGCCCUGAUUAAUCUCCGCGAUGAAAAUCGUCCCCUGCGUUUAUGGGCAGAUGCAAUAUGUAUUGAUCAGAGUAAUUUGGGCGAGCGUACCCAGCAAUUGGGGUUGAUGAGAGAGAUUUAUCGGCUUGGGGGUCGGACGGUCAUUUUUCUCGGCGAGUCUUCGGAAGAGGUAGACACGCUGCUGGAUCGUAUUGGGAGAGAGGGCGCAGAUGCUAGGUUGUUGGGAGCGGAUGAUCUUGCAUUUCGGGAUGUGCUCUCGCGUCCUUGGCUUACGAGAGUUUGGACGUAUCAGGAAUUGCUUCUUUCCAGAGAAGUUGUGGUGCAGAUUGGGAGGUGCAGAGUUCUGUGGCAGGAUCUUUGUAGUGUAUUUUUGAAUGGGGAUGAUAUGCUUGUUGUUAAUUCCGAUGUCGAGGCUGGAUAUGCAUCAUGUCAACAAGACAAAUCGGAUACAGCGAUGAUCGAUGCGGGUACGCAAGAGUGUACGGCUCAGAUUGAUGCAUCAUCGCGUAUGUCUUCUAAGCCGGUGGCUCAAACGGAUAUAUAUAAUCUGGAAAUAUUGAGGAGUAUGGAUGUAUCGCGACAGAAGUUUCAAAGUGGUGUCACUGGCGGAUCCUCUCUUUUGAGUAUUCUCGUAUCCCGACAAGGGUCGGGAGUUUCCGAUUUCAGAGACAUCAUCUACGGCUACCUUGCAGUUGCUGAAAUUCGCCGUCCAUACAGUUUUGGAAUAUCUUCACAUCUAGAUCCGAAAGAUUAUCUGCCGGUAGUGGAUUAUACCAAGAGCGUGGAUGAAGUUUUUGUCGAUGCGGCUUUUUAUAUCGCUAUUUCUACCGAGCCACGACGACUGUGGGAUAUGCUAUUUCAUUCCGAAACUACGCAUCCGCACUUGAAACGAAAAGGCUUACCGAGCUGGGUACCGGAUUGGACUCUGGCACGAAAUGACCUGGCGAAUUCUAUCUGUCCGUUUGUGGGAAAUCAGAUCACGGAUAUUCCGGCGCCGGGAGAAUUGAAGAUGAGUUCUAAAGUGGGACCUUGGAUCAUACCGGUUGAUCCUCAGAUUCUAACAGUAUACUGUGAUCUCCAAGCUAUUGCCGUUGUGACCAAGACUGCUACACCGGACUUCUCCAGGUCAAAAUUUGCCGAGCAGAAAAAAGUUUUGAUUGAUACUUUCCACGAACUUCUCGACAUGUACAAAGACAGGCCCAAGCUUGACGCUCGACAGGUAUGGGAUCUCCACUUCAAUUCCAAGCUUCGGAAUCUAUACAAAAGUCUCCACGUAUCGUGGGAAUCCGUAGGAGUACGGGAUAUUUUCUGGAAGAGCCCCGAUCUGCGACACUACAAACUUUUCAGCAAUGCCAUGCAUCAGGUAUUCAAAUAUUGCAGCAAGCUUUCUGGAAUCGGCGAGCUUUCUGAAGUCAGGCUAUGGCAACUUCUGCAUGGUUCCCCUAUUGCUAUACUUCUCAUUGCGGCGAUAUUUCCGGCCUAUGCGGAACUCAUUAGUGAAAGAGCUUUUGCGCGAUUCUCUAAAUCUCCCUGGCUUGUGAAUAUUGGGAUUGUUCCCCGCUCAACAAACGUGGGAGAUUUUGUACUGCAUUUUUAUGACGGGACGGAGAAUCAUUCUUGCGGAGUCCUGCCACCUGUGAAUGAUUACAGGAAUGCUCAUCUCGAUGAAGAAAUCAGGACGAAAAUUUCUGUUCACGGAUUGCGUUCUGAUAUUUCGAUAUUUCAUUGUGCCUAUAUUGGAAAAGGGUGGGUGGAUAAAGGAUGGGUGGAUAAGAGCUGGAAUGCGAAGACGCGUGGAAAUAAUCAUACAGAUACGCAUAUGGAUAUACAAACGCACAGCAAUCUCGAAACAAACCCGGAAAAUCCAGACAGCACAUGGAAUUCCAAUUGGGAUCAUACCCUAGACUCAUCUCACAAACCCUCAGAACCCAACCCCAAUCUCAACGCACCACGAAAACCAGACGCAGAUGCGACUCAGGAUUUGAGGUUUCCCUCAGGCACAGAUAGAAAUCUCACCUCUGCAGAAGCGAAUCAGGAUGACCUUCGCAUGUUGUCGAAACUUCGCGAGUUUAUGUUGGAUGAGAAUUAUGAGCCUGUCGAUUCGCUAAUGAAUCUCAUGCGGGGAUUUGAUAGGACGGACAAAAUGGCGGAUUUUAAUCCGGUUAUGAUGGUUUUGCAUUGA